AUGGACAUGGCCACAAAAGACACAGACACACAGCGACCUGGUCACCUUCGAGCUCUCAACCGUAGCAGCGACACCGAUUUCACCGACUCGCGUCUAAAGCCGAAACCCCUUCGUAUAGGUCGCAGAGAUGCUUCUGAUGCAAAUUUAACUGAUAUAUCUCUCAACGACACUCUGAUGUCACCAGAUCCUGGGGCGUUGGCAGGUGAUGAAGACUCGGACGUGGGUAAAUGCGAGCGCAACUGGGAGGCGGAGAGUUUAGGGUCGCCCUUGAGCAAUGGUCUUCAUAGCCCAUCACACAGGGCUGAGCAGCAUACGCCUCCCCGUUCGGACUACAACCCCUCUGAAUCUCCUCCAGGAGCAACUAUACAUGGAGAACAAUGCCCUACUACCCAGAUGGAUAGGGAGUCAUGUCGUGGAGGCAAUAAGGCUGAUUUGACUUAUCGCAAUGCCAUUUGCUGCGAGGGAACAAUCUCCACCCAACCUAAAGCUUUGAGAGGAUCAAUGCCUGUCGCAACUGAGAUGCUGAAAACAGUCAUGGAAACCAGCUCCCAGAUCAACAUGCCUCGCGGAUCAGACAACUGGCUGCUUAGGUCCACCGAGGAUUAG